UUUGGUCACACUAUGCAUUUAUAUUGAACCUAUUGAAUUAAAUCCUUGAUUAUUAACAUGGGAAAUUGUCUUAAAAAAAACCAAAUAUCAUCAUCACAAGAUCAUGAGAAUGAAGAAAUUACUAAGAGAGUUGAGAAGAUGAAGAAAACAAGGAGAGAAGAUAACUUGAAGAAGAAGGUAAGGUUCAAAGUACAAGAUGAUAAUAAAAGUGAUUAUGAUGGUAAUUCUUCUACAAGUGGCAUAUUGAGGAUUAGGCUUGUAGUGAGUAAGGAAGAGUUGAAAAGGGUGUUGAGUAAUAAGAGUAUUGAGAAUGGUGUUAAGAAUACUACUUUGGAGGAGUUGCUAAAAGAUAUGAAGUUGAAAGAUAAAAAUGUGUCUAAGAUUGAAGAAGUUGAUGGGGGAUUAAAUUCUUGGAGGCCAGAUUUAGAUAGUAUUCCAGAAGAUUAUUCUAUGAAGUAGGUGGUUUUCAAUUGUUUUUGGCUAAUCCUAUAUGUAAAUAAAGACAAUGAUUUUAUUUAUAUUAUAGUGCAUUGAAUUCUAUAUGAACUAUAAGUAGGUUCUAUUUGACUAGUGCAAUAGAAAUGUAAAAUUGAAUGAAGCUUUUGAGCUUGUGAUUGUAGUAUUUAGUAUUAUGAUCUUAUGAAAUGAAAAUGAU